AUGGCUGUGUACCAUAAAAGGACGGGCGCUGCGAGCACGCUGGCUCGUGUGGUGGCGCCCGGUGGGCAGGGCGUUGAUGCCUUGCUCCCGUUUGGUUUGGAGGAUGACACUGGGCGGACUGCGCCGGAGAUCGGGCCCGGUGGAGCAAUAAUGGGGUGGCCGGCGUGGUGGCUGGGCGUGUGGCCUGUCUGGAAUUUGGGACAGAUGUUGGUUGUUGGUUCUGCGAGUGAUGGAUUGCAUGCGGAAAUGAGGACUUCGACGCUGUGCCGAGCAUGGAGCUCUCCAGAGAAAAAUGGCUCAGCACCGUCCUUUGGGAUGACUGUAUCAUUGUCUAGAGUCACACGGUGGGGCUGCCAGGUUCCAUCCAACCGUCGCACACACGAAGGCAGUCGCCCCGAGGCGGGUAUAUGUGGACUCAAUAGGCAAAUCGAGCAACACAGCACACUUGGCGUCAGCCCGCUCAGGGAUGCAAUGCCUUGUGCCACUGUGGAUGUAACUGCCGCAUCACUGAGGGCCGUCUAA